AAUAAGCAGGAAGUUUCCACUAACACGUGGAGUCGUGCUGUAGGGACAAUUUAUACAUACAGAGUGAUUACAUGGUGUUUCAAUACAAGACUUGUUAUAUACUCCGUGUGAUCUCGGUGAUAGUAUCAUGGCGACAGAGCCGUGGAACCGGCUGCACAUCCCUCGCCCUGCUAUUCAGAGCCUGAUAAAAGUUCCGCUUAAAGCUGACACAGUCAAUUACAUUAAAGAUGUUGUCAAAGAAUGUGGCAUUGUGAAAUCAUCUUUGACUAAUGAUGUCUUGGAUGCCGAGAAAGCCACACUACGUUCCAUGCUUUAUGUCUACCACCACAGACUAUGUUGCCAUAAACCAUACUUGGCUUUAAAACAGGUGGAGCAAUGUUUAAAACGUUUAACAGCGAUGGAUUUAAAAGGCUCAGUUCAAGAGAUGUUAGAUCUUUGUCCAAAAUAUAUUGGAAAAGCUUACUUAUGUUCAGAAACUCACUGCUCUUUACCUAGUCAGCCAAUCAUAGAACUUUUAUCUGUGAAGAUUCUGGGUGCCUGCAAGUUAAUCCUGCGUCUCAUGGAUUGUUGUUGCAAAGCUUUCCAUUUAUGUCUUCAGCAUCUGAACCUUGAAGAGUUUAUGGUGAUGAAUGUUGUACUAUUAGGAUUGUUGAGUCGCUUAUGGGUAUUGCACAGAGGAGUAUUAAUUAAACUCAUAUAUUUGUACGGAGCCCAGAUCUCCUUGCAGCAUGAGGUAUCGUGCUUCCAGAAUAUGCCCUACAUAAAAGGCUUUGACUUUCCUACAAAGAUUGAGGACCACUUGGGCAUUGAGUUAUUAGAUACUCUUAAGAGAGAGCUACCUCACAUCUUCAAGAAAAGAAUCGCCACAGUACUAAAUAAAAUAUUUUUGACAAAAAAGCUAAAGGAUAAAGCUAAAGCUAAAAUGGUAAAACUACCGGAAAGAAGAAAAAACAUUAUUGAUUUGGGCAAACCAAUAAAUAUGGAUAGAAAGAAGAAAGGUGAGUUCGGAACAUUUGAUGUCAGAACAUUGUGUCAUCCCGUAAAAUCCAGCAUUCAUCCGGAUCAGAGUUAUCACCACAAGUUAAAUUUGCCCAAGAAAACAAAGUCUCUGCCACAUCACAGAUCCAAAAAUAAAUGUGCGAUGUUUCUGCUACCAAAAGUGCAACAAGCAGAUUGUUUCAGAGAUCUGCACAAGCAGCUACAGUGUGCAAUCAGAUGGUGCAAACAGAGAAAAUUGGUAUUAGAGGUUGGGUUCCUCCGAGAGAAAAAUCUUAAAAUUUACAGACUAAGAUAUGUUGAAGCCCUGGGAUACAGCCUGGAAAAGAAACUGCAACAUAUGAAAAAGUCCAUCAGUCACAGUUUACUCCAAGGCAGAUUAAAAGCAAAUUGUCACAUGCCUGCAAGACUAUGGACUUGGAAAAAUUUGACCUUAUCAUCAAGGAAAAAGAGAGCUCGGUCUCGAAAAUUUGAUAUUGAUUCCAAAGUUUCUAGAACUGCAAGAACACAUUUUAAAAAUCUCAACACACCUGUUUUAGCACCUUGUAAUUCAUCAAACAUUCUUUCCCUUACCUGCAUUAGAGAUACGGAUACAGGAAAAGUUUUUGCAGAUAAAGAUGAUAUUGAUAAUAUAUUUUCAUCAAUUGGUGUAUAGAAAUUAAUUGUAUUCUAAUAAAAAUGUGAUUUACCGUGUCAGAAAGUCAUUAGUGAUGUAUUAUUAGUAUGAUUCCUGCUUUAGAGGGUCAAUUGAAUUGCAGUACAUUUGAUCUAAACUGUAUGUGAUUUUUUUUUUAAAUAAUUAACUGAAAUGAAAAUAUAAAAGCAUAACUUUAGAAAAAAAAGAGAAUAGCUGUCAUUGCUUGUGGAAAAUGUACUACAAUUCCUAUAAUCCUCUUGGUUGCAACAGGAUGUGCAGACACCAGUUAACUUUCUGUUCAGUACUUUAUUUUAAAACUUUUUAUGUUUGUAAAAAUAUUUUAUUUUACCAAAAUGUAAUUACUUAAACAAAAAAAUAUUUUAAUGUGGUAGAUAAACCAAUUCCUUUAUUUCAUUACGUGUUAAACUGCUGCUAGUGGCUUAAAUACUUUUCUAUUUAAGGAUACAGUUGUUAAGUGAAUUGGAAGCAGGCAUAUAUGAGUGUGCUCUAAUCACUGACUGUAUUCUCAUCUGGAGCACUGUUCCAGGAGUGCAAUUUUGACCAUGUGUUUAAGGUGUUCAGUAAAAAAUAAAAAGUUCUUAUGAAAAAGAGCAUUUUUUUACACUAGAA